UUUGCUAGUUUCACCCAUUGGCUGGAAAUGGCUCGCAAGAAGGUGGCACUACGAUACAUCCGCAAUAGCUCAACCCGGCGUGUUACCUUCGAGAAGCGUCGCAAUAGCCUAAUGAAGAAGGCAGGUGAUUUGGGCGCCCUCUGCAACACCAAGGCUUGUGUGUUGGUGUAUGGAGAGGGUGCCUCGAUGCCAGAUGUUUUCCCAUCCCACGCUGAUGCGGUGGCCAUUCUGAGUAAGUACAAGUACAUGCCAGACCUGGUACAGUUUAAGAAUACUAUGAGCCAAGAGGAGUUCCUCAUCGAGCGCAUUACUAAGCUCCAAGAAGAAGCCAACAUGUUUCGGUGUGAGCGUGAGGACCGCGAGAUCCGAAUCCUUCUGCACAAGGCCAUGCUCGGUGGUAGCCUUGAUGCCCAUGAGGUUGCUCGUGUUGGCCCUAAGUUGGAGGUCAUCCUCAAGAACCUUGGUGAUCGCAUCACAAAAAUAAGCAAGAAACCACCGGCCCUCCAACCACACGCGACAUAUGUCACCAACAACAUUGGUGAUGUAUCAAGCACUUCAACAGAAGCAAGUGGGUUGGCUUGACACCAAGUCCAAGGGGGCCUGUGUACCUUGGUCUACAAUGACUGAAGUAGUGGAGGCCACAAUAGUGCCAGCACCAGCUCCCACACCCGCUUCUCCAAUGAUGAUAUGAUGCAGUUCUUCAACAACCUAAGGUUUAGGUUGCAAUGGGGCACCAACUUGAGAGCAUCUUCUUAGAGUUCAUUUUCUCCCAUGUAAGGAGGGAGAAGAUCUCAUGUCAUAUCAUUUUUGUUUACUUUUGUCAUGGUUAAGAUGCAGGAAUUGCAUCGUUAAUAAGGAGGGACAUUCAGUCUCGGUCCUGCUCUUUGA